AUGGCGUCAGUCAUACCAGUGAAGGAGAAGAAGCUCAUGGGUGUGCAACUAGGAGAGCUGCCCAGCUGGAUACUGAUGUGGGAUUUCACCCCUAAGAGCACUGCUGGAGCGUUUCAAAGAAGUUACUACCGGUAUUACAAGUAUGUCAAUGUGAAGAAAGGGGGUGUCGCUUGGAUUUCUAUGGUGCUGGCAGCUUAUAUGCUUUUCAACUACUGUCGUUGUUACAAGGAACUCAAGCACGAGCAGCUACGCAAGUACCACUGA